AUGGCAGAACCAGCUCCCAGCUCGCUCGCUAGUGAUGGCCAGCAUGAUGAGCAGGCUUCAAAGCCUCAGCACUCCACCAAUGUGCUCGUGAACCAGGAAGAGGGGAAUGCCCGAGAGGGUGACUAUGAUAUGGAGACAGUCGAACGUGUGUAUCGAAAGAUUGAUCUCCGCAUCAUUCCUGCUUUUUGGAUCCUCUACUUCCUCUGUUCGGCCAUCAGAUCCAAUAUUGGAAUUGCUCAGACUAUGAACAAGGACAAAGGUCAUGACCUCAUGACCAUGCUUGGGUUGACUCCUAAGGAUACUUCGACUGCUCUGGCCCUGUUCUAUGUCGCCUAUGUCAUCUUUGAUUUCCCCUCCAACCUGGUCAUGAGCAAGCUCAGCCCCCGUCUCUGGAUGGCCCGUAUUGUCUUCGCUACUGGCGUCGUCGGUGCCUGCUUCGCUGCUGUCCAAGAUCCCUGGAGCGUCAAGCUUCUUCGAUUCUUGCUCGGAGCUGUCAUUGCAGGCAUGUGGCCCGGCAUGGCUUUCUACCUCACUCUCUUCUAUCCUCCUUCGCGAACUGGAAAGAGAAUUGGCAUGUACUUUACUGCCGCUCAGGUCUCUGCCGCCGUGGUCGGUCUUGUGUCUGCGGGCUUCCAGCUCAUGGACGGCAGCGGUGGUCUUGUCGGUUUCCGAUGGAUGUUCCUCAUCUACGGUCUUGUCGCGGUUGUCUUGAGCUUCAUCCUUCUCUGGUGGCUCCCUGAUCGUCCUCUUGCGCCUGGCCAGACUCGACCUCGGACUGGCAUCUUCAAGUGGCUGCCUCCUACCCCUGAGGUCCUCAAGGGCCAGGAUGCCAUCAUCCACUACCAUGACCUUCGCCGUGUCUACCACUCUCGUCCCUGGACUGCUAAGGACCUCCUCCACGUCCUCGUUGACUGGAGACUCUGGCCUCUGACCAUGAUGUACUUUGGUGUCGUCGGAGUUGGUAUCGGCACUCAGCUGUAUGGCUCUGUCAUCAUCGCCUCCAUUCAGCCUGGCUCUAGUGGUGUCAAAGUGAGCUUGCUAUUUGCUCCUAUCUGGAUCAUGGAUCUUAUUGCAAUCCUCAUCGUCACCCCCAUCUCGGACCGCUUCCAUCGAUCUCGCCCAUACUUUUUCGCAGCUUCGGCUUGCAUUCAGAUCGCUGGCCUUCUCACUGUCACUCUGGCCACUAACAACGGUUGGGCUCGAUACGGUGGCCUUCUCAUGGUCGGCUUUGGCCUCGGCCCUACUGUCCCCAUCUGCAUGGCCUGGAGCUCCGAGAUCUUCCAGAAGCGCCAUGGUGAAGUUGGAGUUGCCGCCGCCACCGCCCUUGUCUCCGGCCUGGGUAACCUAGGAAGUGUUGUUACCACCUAUGCUCUCUACACUGGUUGGCCCGAAGACGCUGCUCCUGGACCUCACCAGUACCGCAAGAGCAACUACACCAUGAUUGGAAUUCUGUGCAUGAGCAUCCUCAGCGCCUUUGCCAUGAAGGCUCUCCUCACUAUUUUCGGCAACCCACCCAGCACCAAGCUCCAGGACGACUCGUCUAGUGAGUUUGACGACGGGGCGGCUCGACGGGAGGCCAACGAGCGUGGAUUUGGCUCUCUUCCCUGGAAGAAGGCCAACCGUGCUUAA